CUUCUUGGAAAUGAGUUGGGACAAAGGGGAGGGGGCUUAGCACCCCCGCCUCCCCCAGAAGGGCCCAUAAAAGCAGCUGAGCCGGGACCCCAGACACCACAGCAAGUCCUACACCCGACAGCAGGACAGCCAGCCAGACAACACGAUGGCCCUGAGCACACAGGUCCAGGCCGCCUGCCUCCUGCUCCUCCUCCUGGCCAGCCUGGCCGGUGGCUCCGCUCUCCGGCGAGAGACAGGACAGCUCACGGACCUCCAACCCCAGGACACAGUGGGAGCUGAGGCUGGCUUGACGCCCAUGCUCCAGAGGCUAAGGAAGCGAGACACCCACUUCCCCAUCUGCAUGUUCUGCUGCAACUGCUGUAAAAACCAAAAGUGUGGGAUGUGCUGCAAGACGUAGAGCCUCCCAAGCCUGCCCCCGGACCUCCCCUCCCCUCCGUAUUUAUUCCUGCUCCCUCCCCCCCGACUCUCAGUAAAUGGACUUGGAAUAAAAUGACUGGUUCUGUCUGUUGUUU